UCGGUCUCUGAAACGCUUAUGAUUGCUUCGGCUUGAAGAUGGAGAAGCCGGCAACGGCUAGUACAUGGUCAAAUCUAUGGACUUCUUUAUCGGACGACAAUUUGAAAGGGUACAUGAACACCUUUCAGGAGGCCGAAAAUGUGCGAAAGGCUUUCGAGGUGGAAAAGUCCUUGACUUUUGUUUCGGGAAAAAAGAAUCUCUGUUCGGAAAACACGAGGGCAUACCAAAGAAAUCAAGAGUAAGGUUUUAUGAUGUUGGAAAUGACGUAGUGCCUUAUAAUGGUAUGCCCUUCAUCAUAUGUUCCAAGUAUGAGAGGAACUGUGUUUAUGGAGUGGAUAAACACAAGCGGGCCACGGAAAAACAAAAGAUUUUGAAUGAAGAUGAGUUGAAGGUAAAGUUUUCUUUCAAUUACCCGGUUAUCAAAGGCAAAAUAAUAAAGGUCCUGUAA